AUGUAUGUGCGAGAUUUUCUCAUAUCGAAAACAGCUUUACUACUUGUCCCAACAAUUAGGAUCCCAGUGAUUGUGAUUGCAGUUGCUGAGGUUUCUGCUCAUCCACGCAUAUUUUUUGUCAUUUUCUGUCCUAAGAAACAAAGCACACAUACUGACAUACACUCACUCGAACGCUCAUUUGUAGCAUUUUUCAAACCAAAAAGUCGUCCCAAAUUAUCAUCAAUGACAACUGAAUCCGACGAGCCUCUCACUCCCGCCGGUAGACUCUUCCUCCAGCCGGAGAUGGACACCAUAAUCCACCUCGCCCUCGGCAUGAAACACCCCAUAGACAUCGACUCCAUUAAAGCCUUUCUCAAGAACUCAAUCAUGAUUAAUCACCCCAGGUUCUGUAGUCUCUUGGUACGGGACCGACGCGGCCGCGAGUACUGGCGAAGAACCGAGGUCGACAUCGACCGCCAUGUCAUCGUACUCGACUCCCCUGUCACAACCCCCGAUAGUCACGGUUCCACUUCAGAGGCAGCAGUGAACGAGUAUUUAGCAGGUUUGGCGGUUAGUACACCGCUCAGUGCGGAGAAACCACUGUGGGAGAUUCACCUACUGCGGGAUCAGCGGUGCGCGAUUAUGAGAAUCCAUCACGCGUUGGGCGACGGGAUAUCGUUGAUGUCGAUGUUCUUGGCGAGUUGUAAGAGGGUGGAUGAUCCGGAAGCGCUACCCAGAAUACCUUCUGGGAAAUCAAAGCAAAAUGAAACUAGGAAUGAGAGGAGGAGGAGGAGGAGGAAUUGGGGAGAAGUGUUGUGGGGGAUUUUGAUGAUGGUGUGGUUUAAUUUGGUGUUUGUGGUGGAUUUUGUGUUAAGGAGUUUGUGGGUUUGUGACAACAAAACGGCCGUCACUGGAGGCGCUGGAGUGGAGUUGUGGCCUAGAAAAUUGGCUACUGCCAAGUUCUUGUUGGAGGAUAUGAAGUUGGUCAAAAAAGCUGUUCCUGAUGCGACCAUUAAUGAUGUUCUUUUCGGUGUGGUAUCAUUGGGGCUAUCAAGAUACUUAGAGCAUCGAUCGCCAAAUGCUAUGCUAGAGGGCCUUCGAUUGACGGGACUAGCCAUGGUUAAUUUGAGAGAUCAACAAGGGCUACAGGAUGUAACCGAGUUGAUGAAAAACAACUCAGGAACACGGUGGGGUAACAAGUUCGGCAUGAUUCUUCUGCCAGUUUAUUACCAUAAAAGUGGGGAAGAUCCGUUAUCAUAUUUGAAGAGAGCUAAAUCAAUGAUUGAUAGGAAGAAGCAAUCUGUUGAGGCUCACUUCUCGUACAAAAUCGGAGACCUGGUGAUGUCCUUGUUUGGAGCAAAGGUGGCUUGUUUGUUGAACUACAGAAUUCUUUGUAACACUACGUUUUCGAUCUCAAAUGUGGUCGGUCCACAAGAUGAGAUUGCUUAUGCAGGGAAUCCCAUAACUUUCGUGAGAGCAAAUAGUUCUAGCCUGCCUCAUGCACUGACAAUGCACAUGGUGAGCUAUGUAGGAAUGGCUGACAUGCAAAUCUUGGUAGCUAAAGACAUCAUUCCUGAUCCAGAAUUUCUGGCGAAAUGCUUCGAAGAGGCGUUGCUUGAGAUGAAAGAAGCGGCUGCUGCCAUCACUACGUUCUAGCAGGAAGCUGUUGUCUUUUGAAUGCAUUAGCAUAUAGUGUUGUUGUGAAUUUGUACUUGUAUACUAACAAUACAACAGAGAAAGUUUCAGUUACAGAUAUAGAAAAAGAAAAUUAUGAAUUCUUUG